AUGUCCGGCGAACUAGUUGCAGCACCGGUUCUGUCAACGCCCGAAGAACGCCUAUUCGAAGUCGCUGCCAAGCUCGAAGCAACCUCGUCCCUGAGCGACGAAGACGUCCGCGCAAUCUACGAUGUCGAGCGAACCGUCACGGAGCUGCUGGCCGGCGACUGGACAAAGGUUGCGCUACAGUUUCCGGACCAUAUGCUGGUCGAUGCACCAAAAGUCGCAGAAAUCCUGAGUCGAGAUCUAGCGGCACGCCGCGACGACAAGAAGACCAUCAAGAUAUCCAUCCUCGCCGACACGAGCUAUAGCGCCUGCUGCGUCGACGAGGUCGCGGCAGAGCAUGCCGACGCCGAAGUGGCGGUACACUACGGCCGAACGUGUCUGAGUCCGACGAGCCGACUUCCCGUGAUAUACGUAUACACCACCCAUAAGCUAGACCACGACGCCGUGCUGCAGGAGUUUCGCAAAGAAUUCAGCGACACGAGCAGCAAGGUAGUAGUCAUGGCCGACCUGACGUACCAAAGUCAUGUGGAGUCGGUGGUGAAACUUUUGACAGAAAAUGGCUACUCGGAUAUUAUUGCCACCGAGGCCAUCAGAGACCCGGCCGGCGUGCUCCCGAACAGACGGAUCGUGGACAAGGAACUGGACGCCGAACAACUAAAAGAGUAUGCCUUAUUCCAUAUAGCAGAUCCACCGCAGUCGCUUCUUCUCGCACUCAGCUCUCGAUUCACCUCGCUCCAUAUCCUCUCGAUAUCGUCGCCCUCGAACCUCAGUAUUGAAAAUCCCACGAUGCAAACCGCCGGCCUUCUGCGCCGCCGAUUCGCUAAAAUCCUGGCGCUGGCGUCAGCCGGCGUCAUCGGCAUCUUGGUCAAUACCCUGUCCGUGUCUAAUUUCCUGCCGUCCAUUGAUCUGCUGCGCGCCAAAAUCGACAAGGCGGGCAAGAAGAGCUACACGAUUGUCGUGGGCAAGCUAAACCCAGCCAAGCUGGCCAAUUUUGCCGAGAUUGAGGGCUGGGUCGUGGUGGGCUGCUGGGAAAGCGGCCUGAUUGAAGACGACGCCAGCUACUGGCGACCAGUCGUCACCCCGUUUGAAAUGGAAGUGGCCCUGAUGGACGUGCAAGAUCGAAUCUGGGGAGACGAGUGGUGGGGGGGAAUCGAGAAGCUCAAGGUGCACGAUGCAGAGACGGAGACAAACGGCAACCAUGCGGCGCAAAACGGCACAGACCACGAUGCGGGCGCGGACGAGGAACUCGACGAGGAUGAAUCGCUGCCGCCGGUGUAUGACCUCCGCACCGGACGACUCGUGAGCCACAGCCAACCAAUGCGCUUGGCGAUUCGCUCGGCAGCGGCGGCCCAUGGCGGGGGCGAGGAAGCCGGCGAGGCCAAGACGCCUGGAACCGGUGCUCUCAUUUCGAGAGCGGCGGGCGAGAUGGCGAGCAUCAACGGCGUCGCCAGCCCGGGAGCAGAGUACCUGCGCACGCAGAGGACGUGGCAAGGGCUGGGCACUGACUUCGAGGAAGAGGCCAGUACGUUGGUGGAGGAGGGCAGAAGUGGCAUUGCGAGGGGCUACACGGUGGGCGAGGAGCCGCAAAAUCUGCAUUAG